CGUGACGUCAGUUCCGGCCGAGCGGCUCGAGACGAGGGCGCUGAGCUCGAGCAAAAACAAGAGGCGGAAAAAUAAAAUAACCCUCGAUGCAAACCAGCGGCUUUGGACGUUUUAAAAGGAAACAAAAAAUCUGCGGCAAAUCGGAUCACUUUAGUAGCUAGCGGUAUUUUUUUUUCCCGGCUUUAAAAAAAAUUGUGCGGCGGAUCCUGUAAAAGCCAGAGAAAAAAAAUGUCGGCACAGGCCCAAAUGCGAGCUAUGCUCGACCAGCUCAUGGGGACGUCCAGGGACGGUUCAGUGUAUCUUUGCCUGCCUACUUCAAUCUGCAAGGGAGUUACAGAAACACCCCGCGUUCAUCGAGCCGAGAUGCCAGUCGGCAGCGAAUCAGAUUUACUGACGAUCGGGUCUGCAAGAGUCACCUCCUGAGCUGCUGUCCACAUGAUAUACUUUCCGGAACGAGAAUGGACCUUGGAGAGUGCACAAAAGUUCAUGACCUUGCACUGAGAGCAGACUAUGAAAUUGCCUCCAAAUUAAAGGACCACUUUUUUGAAAUGGAUGCCAUGGAUCACCUACAAUCAUUCAUCACAGACUGUGACAGAAGAACAGAAAUUGCAAAAAAACGUUUGGCAGAAACCCAAGAAGAAAUAAGUGCAGAGGUGGCAGCAAAGGCUGAGCGAGUUCAUGAACUUAAUGAGGAAAUUGGGAAGCUGCUUGCCAAAGCAGAACAGUUGGGAGCAGAAGGAAAUGUUGAAGAAUCCCAAAAGGUCAUGGAGGAAGUUGAGAAGGCGCGAGCUAAGAAGAGGGAAGCUGAGGGGGACACCAUUGCUUCUCCUUCCUCCAGUGCAUUCUGGGAGGUUUAUCGGAAUUCCAUGCCAGCCUCCAGCUUCCAGCAGCAGAAGCUGCGAGUCUGUGAGGUGUGCUCGGCAUACUUGGGUCUUCAUGAUAAUGAUCGACGCCUUGCAGACCACUUUGGUGGCAAACUUCACCUGGGAUUCAUUGAAAUUAGAGAGAAACUGGAAGAAUUACAGAAACUUGUUGCUGAGAAACAGGAGAAAAGAACUCAAGAGCGUCUGAAACGAAGAGAGGAGAGAGAAAAGGAGGAAAGAAUGAAAAGAAGGACCAGAUCUCGCAGCAGGGAUCGUAAAAGAUCAAGAUCAAGGGAACGCCGUCGACAUCGAUCCAGGUCUGCAUCCCAUGACCGACGCAAACGUUCCCGCUCUAGAUCAAGGGACCGGCGUCGCCGACACAAGUCUCGAUCUGGAAGCAGAAGCAGAAGCCGCAGUCACCACCGCAGCAGGCAUAGCUCAAGAGACAGAGAGCGAGAGAGAGACCGGAGCAGAGAGAAAAGCUCCAAAAGAAAGUCACGAGACCGAGACAGAUCCAGAGAUCGAGACAGAGAAAAAUCAAGGGAGAAGGAUCGCAGGGAGAAAAAGCGUUCCUAUGAGAGUGCUAAUGGAAAAUCAGAACACAGCUCUGAGGAACGAGAAGCAGGAGAAAUCUAACGGACAAAACAUUUUUGGAACUGGGGCAGAAGAUGUCUUUCUGAUUGUUUAACUCAACUAGGGGAGCUCUUGUUUUGUUUUUGGACUUAGAAAAAAAAUUCCAGCAGCUAGGUGACUGAUAACUUAAAAAAAAAUUAGAUAGUUGAAAAUGUUCAAGAUGUUUUGUCAGUUUAACCAACUGGUUUUGAAGGCAGCAGCUGGAGGUGCCUAGAAUGUACUGUGUGUGCAUGUACCAGUGCUGUAAUGCCACAGACAUUAGGGUUUCUCCUUCCAUUGGCACAAGGUUGCUGUUUAGUUUUGAAUAAUCAAAUAAUUUGUUUUGCAUUUUUUACAAGUGUGGAUCCGAAACCCAUGAUAUUUUCUUUUCUGAAGCCUAAAUAAAAAGAAGUGGACCCGGUAGCUUGGGGAGUUACUGCUUUGUCACCAAGCAGUUUCUUAUUUGCUUGUUACUGUUGGUUGUGCUGGCUUGCGGUCUUUGAUCCUUGUACCUGUGAUAGUUUUUACUUCAGAAAUUUCCCAAAAAUCAUAAUGUUUGUCCGUGUCAAAGUUUCAUUGUUUUUGACAGUGGCAGUGACAUUGACUUGCAACUUUUUAGCAAAAUCUUUCGGAAUUUCUUGCAUUUAGAUCAGAGAGACAGUCCAAAAGUAACCUAGGUGUUUCUCACCAAAAAAAGUUUCUCUUCUCACACCCAGAAGGAACUCUCCUGUCUCCCUCUGCAUCUUCUUUCCAUAAAGUUGGUGUGUUUGUUAAAUAUUAGUCUGACAGAACCUUGAUUGUUGUAUUCAGUUACAGCCAGAGAAGCCCCCUUGGUUUGGUUGGAGAGAAAAAAAGUUUUAUUUUUAAUUAACUUAUAUGGUGGAACAAAUUUGCUACCCAUUUGUUAAAUCACCAAAUAGGAUUCAUGAGGAAAAAUGCGACUGCUUCAAAUAAACUUGCCCCUUCCUUCACCUUCAUUUCACCACCUCUGCCUUUCCAUUUAUAAACAAAAUACAAAUUUGAUUUGGAAGAAUUUUGCCCAAGUAUAGAUCUGAUUGUGCACCAAGACAUUUUUGUAAACUAGAAUCCUAAAUUGCCAAGUUUUUGGCGAUUUUGUCUGUAUCUGUACCUUUUAGUAUAAUUAAAGGGGCUUGGUUUUAUUCUUGCAGUUGCUGUGGAAGCUCAGAUUGAAAGGGUCCAAAACUGGAGUUAAUGUGGCUUCAGUAGCUAUUUAGGACUGUGUCCAGAAACACCAUCAAGAAAAGACUUUACUGGCUUUGUGUGCAUGUAAUCCCAAAAAAAAACUUCAGCAUGUCUUCAGCACACCUCUGGAAUACGAUACACAUCCCUGUUAUUUUUGAGUUUUACUCAUGAACUUUUUAUUUUUUGACAGUGAAAUCAUGCCCGUAAAUAAUGUUUAGUGCUCAUUAUUCACACAAAAAUGAUUCAUUGUUUACCCAAGGAACAGAAAACAAUUUUCCGCACAUUAAAAACAAUUAAUGGGUAUUGUUUUGUAGGAGUUGAGAAUCCUGGGAUUUUUACAUGCUUGUGCAUACAUGGCAUACUCCAGGCAGCUUUAAGGUGUUGUCUGUGGCAGGCACCAGGGUGUCACAGAUCUAAAAUAUACCAAUGUAUUCCAUGAUGAUUAUAUCGCUCAUUUUUGUUUGUCAAUUGUGGUCAUCCCACAAUUACUGUGAUUUUUUUUUUAAGUGGUCAGCUUUACUUUGAAAAACUGACUUCUGUUCUGUAAGAAUAGUCCAGUGUGAUGUUCCUUAGUAUCCUUAGCAGCAUUAUUUUUCUGCAUUAGGUACUUUGGUUACUAGCUGUUACACUGCUUGCCCCAUCACUUACUAAGUCCUCAAUGGUCAUUUGGUCAGAGAUUUCUGAGUCUACAAGUUAAGACCCAAAUAACAAGGUUUUAUUUUAUUCCCCUUUAAUCACUUUUCCUUACAUGAUUUCUUGUCUAUACUUUAUAUUGUUAAUUGAAAACAAUUGAAAUAAAUUUUCUGAAAACCAUUUAAUAAGAUUUUCAAACAAUUUAAGUUUUCCUGUGUUGUAUCAAAUUGUGAUGAAUACUUGUUUGCUACUUUGCAAUUAAAACAAACUGAUAUUGUC